UUCUAGUGUACAUAUAAAGGUGAAAUAGUAUUAUUAAGAUUGAACCCGUACAAAUGAGCAAUUUGGAAAUGUCUGACAAGACUCAACACACAUAUGGAAACGAUGAUAAUGAUCAGUCUGAUGCAGAAAGCGGAAUUGGUUGUUGUGGUUGGUUUCUGACCAUAUUAUCUCUCAUCAUUGUAGCCUGCACUUUUCCGCUGUCUCUGUUCUUUUGUUUGAAGAUUGUUCAAGAGUAUGAAAGGGCUGUAAUAUUUCGUGUUGGUCGAUUAGUAUCUGGUGGUGCGAAGGGACCCGGAAUCUUCUUCAUCCUGCCUUGUGUUGACAAUUACAUCAAAGUUGAUUUGAGAGUUGUGUCAUUUGACGUUCCUCCUCAGGAGAUCUUAUCGCGUGACAGUGUAACCAUUACUGUUGAUGCUGUCACAUACUUUCGCGUGUCAAGUCCAAUUGCAUCCGUGUGUAAUGUCGAGGACGCACAGAGAUCUACAAAACUACUUGCGCAAACUACACUCCGUAAUGAAUUGGGUACAAAAAAUCUGAGUGAGGUAUUGUUGGAGAGGGAACAAAUCAGUCACAGCAUUCAACGUAUUCUGGAUGAAGCGACUGACCCAUGGGGUGUGAAAGUGGAACGUGUGGAAAUCAAAGAUGUCAGGCUCCCUCCUAUGUUACAACGUGCUAUGGCUGCUGAGGCAGAAGCCUCUCGUGAAGCAAAGGCUAAGGUAAUUGCGGCUGAAGGUGAAAUGAAUGCUGCGCGUGCAUUAAAAGAAGCGGCUGAUGUUAUAGCGGAAUCACCACAAGCUCUUCAAUUGAGAUACCUUCAAACAUUACAAACCAUCUCUGCAGAGAAGAACUCGACCAUUGUAUUCCCCCUACCCAUUGAUAUGUUAAAUAGAGCUAUGGGUAAAUAAAGGAACGGUUCUGUUAGAUAAAGUUAUUAUAACUAUAUAAGUACUGAUCACUUGGGAUUUAUGUUAGCUUCAAAUAGUUUCGAAAAUUGUAAAAAAUAUAUGUAGGUUGGUCACGUGUAUAUAUGUGUACAAAAUGAUGAUUCUUCUUCUUUAUUUUUACGUUCAAUUAUAUUUAUCACAAAAUAUUUUUUUGCACCAUGUUAUAAUUUUUUGUUGAUACAAUGUUUUUUUCUUCGCAUAGAAUAUAAAAGAUAAAUUAGUUUAUUGUUAAAAAUCUUUUUUAGUUCCAUUUCAAAGAUGUUUUAAAUGUUCAA